AAUUGAAUAGUUAUUGGGACCUCUACAAUUUUUGGACAACUUGUUUUGAAAAAUUUGACCUCAUGUAAGUUACAUACGGUAGUUAAUAUUAGAAGAUCCGUGAAAAGGUUUGCGAGCUCAUAACCGGAGCUCGGUAGAGAUAUCCUACGAGCCUUUGAAAUAUCCGGCUGUAAGCUUCUUGUAUAUGAACCCUAGCCCCUAAACGCUUUCAUUUGCCAUAUUGUGAAAACCUAUUAUUGUACCCCCAAUGGAAUCUUUGUUUGCAAACUAUGCUUCUUCAGAUGAAGAUGAAGAUGAAGUAGAGCACCCCAGCCGAGCUUUCUCAUCUCUUCCUCCCCCAAAAUCAACUUCUUCAUCUUCUUUCCUUUCAUUACGCCCACCUAAAUCCCUUUCAAUAACUGAAGAGGAUGAUGAUGGAGAAUUGAGGCCACGUAAUGUUGGAAUUACUGAUAAACGCUUGUCUUCUCUUCCUCAACCUAUAUCCACAUCUUCUUCUUCAUCGGUUUUCUCUGUCCUUCCACCUCCAAAGACCACCAAACCAGAUCCCCCUUUGUCUUCCUCGGAUCCUAAACCCAAAAGGAUUGUUCAAUUUGAGCCUCCUGUCAACCUUUUCUCUAAUAGUGUGGAUGAAGACGAGGAUGAAGAUGAGGACGAGGAUGAAAAAGACAAACAAAGAAAUAGGUCUGGAACUCUUGCUCAAACUUGUUCGGUUAAGUCAUUUUUGUCGAGCAUUCCUGCCCCAAAGAACUCCACCACUUUGGGUGUUUUGGGUUCGGGCUCCGGAAGAAGAUCUUUGACCAUUGAAGCAGAUGUCCCUGUUCUUAAUCCAGCUAGCUACAAUGUUCUAGUUAAUGCCAAUACAGGGUACAGUGAGGGUUCAAAUGUGGGAGGUUUUGAUGUUCCCUCUCAACACAAUGCUGUUGCAGGUGAUUACACUAAUUGGAAUGCACAGGGUUAUGAAGGUUAUGCUGGCUAUGGUAAUGAUGUGGCUACUGAUUAUUCUCAUGCUGCUCCAACAGAUGUGAAUUAUGCUGACUAUGGCACUUACACUGGUUAUGAGCAGUAUUUUCAUAAUUGGACUGAUGGAUCUAGUGCAACAGCAGCAUCAGCAUCAGAAAUUACUGAUACGGCCGAAGUUGCUUUUAGAGUGCCUGGGAAGAGAGGCAGGAGUGAUGCUCCACAGAAUAUUGUUGAGGUGAACCAGGACGAGUUGAUGAAGAAUAGACCAAGGGAAGACCAGACAAGGCUUACCGGGAUUGCCUUUGGGCCAUCAUACCAGCCUGUUUCUAGCAAGGGAAAGCCUUCUAAGCUUCUCAAAAGAAAGCAUCAAAUUGGUACUUUAUAUUUUGAUAUGAAACAAAAAGAGAUGGAGCUGGCGGAGCGACGUGCCAAGGGGAUGCUAACAAAAGCUCAAACUCAAGGAAAGUAUGGUUGGUGACAUUAAGCAUCAGUUUUAUGCGAGGACAUGGUGAAUGAGCAGCUCCCCCUUGGUUUUCUCAUCAAAUUUCAGAUCUGUAUUCUAUCGCCUUGUUUAAAUGUAAUAGAUAGUCCUUUUGUUGGCUUUGGAAAAAUACUGUAGUUCAAUAUUUCUGCUGUUCCCUAAUAGCAAGUAGUGUGAAUACUAAUUGUUCUCUGAAAUGAAAUACAAAUGAUGGCAAAUUAUUGAUUGUA